UACCCACAAUGCCGCACGUGUUACAAGCGGAAGCAACAGGAAGUGGGUUCCACAUGUGCCUGACGCGUUCAGCAGUUUUACAGCGUGUGGAAUUUUAUUUCGAUGUACCAAACAGCAACAGCCAGAAUAAGCUCAGGUUUUUAUGAAGAUUUUCUAGAUAAGGAGGAUUUCAGAGAUCAUCAGUGAUGUCCAAGGCAACCAAGCGCAAGCAUGUUGUUAAGGAAGUUCUGGGGGACUACAUCACACCUAAUGAGAAACAGCAGAUUAUGAGGAUUAUGGGAAGCAAUGGCAAUAACCUCCAUGAGGCUGUGACUGAGAGUGGCGAGAGAUUUCUGCUUAGCAUGCCCACAAAGUUCCGCAAGAACAUCUGGAUCAAAAGAGGUGAUUUUGUGAUCGUAGAUCCUAUUGAGGAAGGUGACAAGGUGAAAGGAGAGAUCAACUUCAUUCUGUACAGGGACCAUAUUAACUAUUUGAGGAAACUUGGCAUCUGGCCUAAAGGAUUCGAGGUGGAUAGAGUAAGAGAGCAGAUGCAGGAAGAAGCAAAGAAAGACGAUACUAAAAGCAAAGAGGAAGAUCAGGAAGAGGACGAGUGUGACAACAGUGACUCUGAGGAUGAACAGGACCUUUUUGUAAACACAAACCGAGCCACUGUGCAGUACAGCGAGAGUGAGGAAGACUCGGAUGAAGAUGAAGACUCGGAUGAAGAGGAGGACAAUGAAGAAGAGGAGGACAAAGAUGACUAAGGAGCAGACAAUUUUUAGUGAAUUCUGCACAUCUCAUCCUGUGAUGACCUUUAUAAAAGUUACAAGAAUUUAGUUCUUUCACUUAUUUUUGAACAGUCAUUAGUAUCUAUACACCUACAUUAAUUAAUUAAUGUUGUGUUAAAUAUCAGAAUUCAUAUGCAGAUUUAAAAAAAAUGUCAGUGGUGGAUCAUCAGUUGAUUUUGAAAUUUAGACCAGGACCAGGGUUAAUCCACAUGUUAGGAAAAAAAAAAACAACAUAUAAAGAAUUCCUUCUCUAUGCAGAUAGGAUUGUGUAUUUCAAGAUGAUCUGGUGAGUUGACAGAAAGAUUUUUUGUAUCAUAAUAUGUGUACAUAUGGCAAUAAACUUUUCUUAUUUUGUAAA